GCGCGUAAUGCCGGGGGUAUAAACGGGAGCCCAGCACGAGCACCAGGCACACACACUCGCUCUCCCUCUUCCUCUCACACUCUCAGCCGUUCCGGCACGAGAACCAGAGCAUCAGCGGAGAUAGCAGGAGAACACUCGCCUCCUAACUCGCUCUCGGCUUUGGUUCGGCAUGGACACGUCUUCGGUUACGCGGAGCUCCUCCGUUACGCACAGCUUCAAGAGUGCUCUCGCACUCUGGCUGGUUGUCUGGCUGCUAGUGAUGAAGCCGGCGCCUGCGCAGGCAUGUCCUCACCUCUGCGUGUGUUACCCGUCCCCCAUGACUGUGAGCUGCCAGGCGCAGAACUUCACGGCCGUGCCCACUGGCGUGCCCUACGACUCCCAGCGCGUCUUUCUGCAGAACAACCGCAUUACCGAACUGAGAGUGGGGUCUUUUGGCUUUGGGACUCAGGUCCUGUGGCUCUUCUCAAACAACAUUACCUGGAUUGAGGCUGGUGCGUUCAGCGAGCUGCGUGACCUGGAGGAGCUGGAUCUUGGUGACAACCCUCACCUGCGUCGCCUGGAGGGCGGAGCAUUCCGCGGCCUGGAGAAGCUGCAGAGUCUGCACAUGCACCGCUGCCGCCUGGCCGCCCUCCCGCACGACAUCUUCCACAAGCUCUACAGCCUGCAGUACCUCUACCUGCAGGAGAACCAGCUCCACCACCUCCAAGACGACCUGUUCGCUGAUCUCAUCAACCUCAGUCAGCUCUUCUUGCACGGCAACCGCAUCCGCACUCUCUCCGAGAAUGUGUUCCGCGGCCUGGUCAACCUGGACCGCCUGCUCGUCCAUGACAACCGCAUCCGGCAGGUCAACCGCCGUGCCUUCCGUGACCUGGGCCGCCUCACCAUGCUCUUCCUCUUCAACAACUCUCUGGCUGAGCUGCCCGGUCAGGCCAUGCGCGACAUUGAGUCUAUCCAGUUCCUGCGACUGAACAACAACCCCUGGGCAUGUGGCUGCGAGGCUCGUCCUCUGUGGGAGUUCUUCAGGUCCAACCGGGUGUCCAGCUCUGAGCUGCUGUGCGCCUCUCCCGCUCCCCGUCGCGGCCUGGACCUGCGCUUCCUGAGAGAGAUGGACUUCGCCCUGUGCCCCCUUCCCGACCCUGGCUCUCUGGCUGGAACCACCACCACCACCUUCAGCACCAAGACCCGCUGGUGGUUCUCCAAGCACAAGCCCGUCAGCUCCACCAAGGGCGUCUUCGAAAAGAGUUCAGAAACCGUGAAGGCUCACCCCUACUCCGGCAAGCCUUCCAUCACUUCCACGUCUACGAAGUACGAGCUGGGUGAAGAAGAGGCGCUGCUUCCCAAGCUGGACCCAGAAGAGUACUGGGCCAACUAUGGCAACGAGGAUGCAGGCAUCACCUCCCUGCGCUGCUUCGAGCUGGAAUGCCCACCUGAUUUCGACACCCUUCCACCCUUCUCUUCUUCCUCACACUCCUCUCCAUCUAGUCUCUUGCUACUUGCUAUGACCAUUCUGACUGUUUGUGUCCAUCUUCUCUUUGGUUGAAUAUUCGUGUUUCAUGAGGGACCUUAGUCCCUCUUUUAUUUUUUCCCCUCUAUGGAGGAGAGAAAAUCCCGUUUACUCAACCUAACUCUCACCAACCUGAUUCCUGUUUGACUUCCGCCUUACCUGUAUCUCUGUUCUGUUCAGUUUGAGCCUUUAGCAUCUCAAAGCAGCUAGAGGGCGCUACACUGAUUUAGGAUACAGCAGGGGAAGCAGGGAAUAAAGGGCAGGUACUGCAGUGCAGGCCAUUAUCACAAUGGAAGGGAAUGAUAGCUAAUACCAGAGGGCUUGGUUAGUCAACAGGUACUGUCCUCCUUCCUUGUGGAAACGUUUACUUAAAGUCAUAUAUAGCUCAGUUCGUAUGGACUGGAGGAUAUAUGGUUCCAUCCUAGGUUUAUGUACAACAUUUGUAUACUUCUGCCUUUUUGGCUAUUAUUAUUCUUAUUAGUGCUACUCUAGCUAUUGUAACUGCUGCUUGUGUUGGUCCAAUGACUAGAACUGUCUUUUUACGAUUGCAGCUAACAAUACUGUUACUCUUAAGUGCUCCGGUUUCAGUGCUCUUAAAAGCACUGGUCAUAGUAAUCAUGUUAGAUAGACAUGACCUCUAAAACUAUUAUCUCACUGAUAACCAUGACAGUUCUUCAGAUUGCAGCACUGCAUGGAACAGUGGAAAGACUGUACAACACCGUUAAUUUUAUCACACAUAUCAAAUAAGUUGAUAAUAGGUUCAGGGCAAUCCGACAGAUGGAAUGUGAAAGCAGAGAGCAAAACUGUGAGAAGUGACAGGGAAAUCCUGGGAGAAUGAUUAGACAAAGUGGAGAAAUAAAGACAGGUCUGAAAGGGAGAGAAAGACGACAAUAAAUAGGCAAAGUAGAACAAGACAGCACACCGAAAACAGAGAAAUAGAGGAAAACAUGUCUUUUGUCUUCUCAUUCUGUCACCAACAAGCAAUGACAUCAUCACUCAGCUCUUGUAAAUAUGCCGUGACAUCGUCAAGAGGAGAGAGCUGUACAUAGAGCGAAGAUGAGCCUUUCAGUGUUUAGUUGUAAUUCUACGUUCUGACUGGUUGUGAAUGUUCUUGUGAGUGCUGUCAGUGAAUGGCAAGGUCAACCUACCAGCAAGAAGGAGUGUGUGAAUUAAUCUGCUGUCCUUUAUGUCCUUCAUGUUAAACUUUGUCAUGGGCAUGUUUAUCUUCUUUCACAGAUUUACUUCAUAUUUGAAGUAAUAUAUUUUUUGUUUUUCUUUGUCCUUUUUCAAAUAUAAACAAAUGUAUGUACCAACUUGCUCACUGUGAGACUUUCUUUUCAUAAAGCUCUCCUUAGAGCUUUAAAGCCCAACUAAAACAUAUUGCAACAAUACCUUGAAAAAGGGGAAUCAUAUCAGGACAACAACCAACUUAAGACAAGAAGACCCUGGGGGCACACAGUUUACUUAGAGACUAUUGAGCCCACCAGUCAAUGGACACAAACAAAUCUAAUCUUGGACACAUUCUGAAGACAAGGCAAUAAGAGAAAGCACAUGGGUACAAAUGAGAGUACUUAGAAAGAAAAUGACCUCAGGAGAAGGCAAUAGGGCUGGGACUGACUGGGAAAAUGGACACCAGUGGACUGAGCGAGGAGUAGGAGGAGAGAUGACUAACAAGUUCACUAAUGACUAAUGGGUUGCCCUAUAACACAUGGUCUGUCAAAGGAUAAUCUGAUGAAACAGUGCUGAACAAUAUGCUGUGCAGAUCUUUGGUGAUUGGUGAACAAAUGAUCCCUUCCAACGAGAAACCAUUUAUCAGGCAUUUCUUCCUUUUUACAUUAGAAAACUAAAAUGUGCUUUAUUUAGACACAUUUCUUAAUUCUUGAAGGCGCUUACAAUAGUAAGUGAAUGUUAAAAUGAGUAAAUAGUAAAUAAAAGAAUGGAAAUGAUAUAUGGUUAUUCGUUGAAAGGGUGAACAUAUUAACAAUGUUUGCAGUGUCUGUUGGGGCAGCAUGAGAUGAGAUAUUUGACAGGGGGAAGAAAAGACCACCUGUCUUUUGCUCUCUCUAAUUCACCUGCCCUUUCUCUCCAACUGACUGUCUGACUCUCUAUUCUAUCUAUUCAUCUAUUUAUAGGCUCUUAAGACUGAAGGUGAGUAUGCUUACUCUGCUACUUCUGUAGCUCCAUUCUCUCUCUUUCCCUCUUCCUCCACCACUUCUCUGGAAUAGAUUAGCUUCUAAAUCUUAUCCUUUCUCUGAGUAAAAAGAUGUCAGCAGAGAUUGACAAGCAUAGCAAAGACAGAUUGACAGGCAGAUAAGACAGACAGGGCUGUAGGGGGAUGGAAGUAGUGAAGAAGUGAAAAAAUGGAACAGUUAAGGUGGAAAGGGCAAGGACAGAAAGAGAACGAGAGAAUGAGAGCAAGAGAAAGAGAGUAGGAGCAGAAGGCAGGGGCGUAUGGGUGGAUGUGGGUGGCAGAAAGAGAGAAAGAGAAAUCAGAGAUAAAAACAAGAAGCACUCAAGGGAAAAAGAGAGAACUGGACUAAGAUGGAGAGAAAUCCAUUUCCUGCGGCCUCUCAAGCCAAAAAUGAAAGUGAAAGGCUGAGAGAGAGAAGGAGAGAAAUAUUUGCAUUCAUUUUCUAAUCUUAAGGGCCUCAAACAGACUCAAAUUCAAAUGUUUUACAAGUGUUUAACCGAUGUAUGUCUUUUUUGGGGGACAUUUUUUACUGUUUGUUUCAGCAAUAUUGUCUUUGUAUUUCUGUUCUUUCAAAAGAAGCAAAUGUUAUUUUUUUGUUACAGGAGGUAUAUGAAUUUGCCAUGACAAAGUUGGUUUGUUAGUCCAAGUCUUGUCAGAUUUGUGUUUGUGUGUAUGUGUGUGUAUUUUCAUAUGUGUGUGUAAGUGUGUGAUGCAAUUGGCAGCCAAAAGGGGUAAGGUCAAACUGCAUAAAGGUGCUCUCGAGGGGCCGUAUUUGUGAGGUCGCUCAUAGAUGACCAAAGCUUAGUUAUACCUUUUUACCCAGUGAGAGUGUGUGUGUGGUGCGAGUGAGUAGGUGUGAAUGUGUGAGCGCAUCUGGAUGUGAAUCUGAACCACGAAUGUAAAUGUGUGAAGAAUGAGAUGUCAAAAGCGCUGUCAUUUCAGCAAAUAAAUGGGAAUCAGUGCUUUUCAAUAACA